GCACUGACGUUCGGACGAGAGAUUGAUCUGGUUUGGGUGAGCAGAGCCUAUAUCAGAAGAACACCAGGUUAAGACAAUUGAUCCGUGUCAGAGGCGACGGUGGUCCCUCAUGACUGUCAUGUACCUAAGUGUGCGCUAUGCCGGGAUGCCAUAUGUCGUCAUGUACAUGCUGGGAAGUCUUCCAUCAGUCUCGCUGACAGAUGUAGUGAGCAAUAAUCUUUUCUUAGCACUAAAUUGGAUGAAUGUGGUGGUCACUGUCAUGGUAGGCGCCAUCAUGAUCACUCGGUUGCAUGCCAUGUAUCAGCGCUCGAGGAAGAUGAUCGUCUUUCUCUUUGUAAUCUCCCUGGCUCUCACAGUCGCUUGCGCAUUGAUCACCGCAAGAGGAAUCAGCCGUGUUUCAGGGGAGGAGUUCAUCCUCUCUGAUACCUAUCAGUGUACUUAUGACUAUGAGGGAGAUUCCCAACUUCUGAUGCCCAUAACUUGGAUACUCCGCAUUGUAUGGGAGGUCCUCGCACUGUGUCUUGCAGUUUGGAUUUCUGUAAGACACUUCCGUGAACUACGACGAUUAUCGGGCGGAUCAUCCAUGGGAGACUGUUUCGUGUUUUUAAUGAGAACUCACGUGGUUUAUUUUGCAACCUUUGCCGCUGGUUCUUGCAUCGCCCUCGUUUUUUAUUUUCCGACGAUCUCGGACUCAGAUCCUAUGGGUUAUAAUGGUGUUCUUAACAUUUUCUCGGUCCUGCAGAUGUUUGUGCUGGGACCACGCCUCAUCCUCUGCGUUCGAGAAUACCACGCUGAGCUCGUAGCUGACGCCGAAGCCGAAUCCAAUAUAGGAACCGGCAUGACUUCAAAUGAUUCCCAGGAGUACACGUAUAUGACAAGCUGGCAGUGUGGGCAUUCAUGGAUCUAGAGGCGCAGCGGGACACAGGGUCCCUAGACUAGAUUGUAUUGUCUGACAUAGAGUACUACUCUCACAAGACACAAAUUGGAAACAAAAAAAAACAAAAAAAAAGCUGGCAGUGUUGUGGAGCACUGGGAACGCUCCAAGUGAUUAACACUCGUUAGCUACUCUGCAAGAAGUG